AUGAACACUGGAUUCAUCGUGCACGCAGACAGCCAUAUUGUAUUGAUACAUAAGCAAUAUGUAAAAUGGAAUAAUACUGACAUUACUAAAGCUUCAGAUCGAGCACAGCUUUUGGCCGAAUCAAAUGAAUCUGGUGAUGAGAUAAUGAGUCCCAGUAGCAACAGGUCAACAAAUUCUACGUGGCCCCACGUUGUCAAUCUGGCAAACAGUAUCAUCGGCGUGUCCGUCCUUGCUCUACCUCUCUGCUUCCAGCAAUGUGGUGUCAUCUUAGGUACUGCGUUACUUUUGGGUUCAGCUUGGCUUGCAUAUGACUCAUGUCUGCUGCUCACCAAAACUGCUACCCUCACCAAGAAGAGAUCUUAUGAAUUUUUAGCUUAUUACAUAUUUGGGCAGAGUGGAAAGUUAGCUGUUGAGAUAAGCACAAUGGGUUUAUUGUUGGGCACCUUAGUUGCUUUUUUCAUCAUAAUCGGUGAUAUCGUCCCUGCUUUAUUGUCACUCAUCUUCAACAUUGAAAAUUCGACGCAACUGAGAACGACACUUCUAUUGAGUUUGGGUCUCUUGGUCAUUCUGCCUCUCUGCAUGAAAUCAAACCUAGAGAGUAUCAGUAACCUGAGUCUCAUGUCUUUACUAUUCUACAUGUUGUUCUCUAUUAUGGCAGUAUCGUCAUCGUCAGCACACAUAGUAACGUGGGAAUUUGUAACUAGAGUUAAGUAUUGGGAUUUUGAUGGUCUCUUUAAGAGUCUGCCUAUAUUUGCACUCUCUUACGCUUGCCAAAUCCAGUUAUUUCUGGUGUACCACUCGGCCCCGGACAUAUCACUCAAACAAGUCUGCUCCAUUGUUAAGAAUUCCGUCCUACUCUCGUCUGUCAUCUAUUUUCUGGUCGGGUACUUUGGCUACGUAACGUUCUACGACAUUGACAUCAGUGGAGAUGUGCUGAUGAAUUACCCAACCUCCACCUUGGCUGGUUUCAUCAAGAUGGGCUUUGUCAUCAGCACCAUUCUCAGCUUCCCUCUCGUUAUAUUUCCCUGCAGAUGCAGUCUUUAUACUCUGUUUUGCUCUAAAGGUUUAGUAAAUGAUAAUAGUGAUGAUGUUGAGGAAGAUGAUGAUGAUUAUGACGAAGAAGAUAAGAAUCUGCACGACAACAUCGGUGGCACUGUGCAUAUACCACUGAAUCAUUUUAGGUAUUUGACGUGUUGCAUCGUACUUAGUACCCUCAUAACUGGAAUACUGGUACCUAAAGUUGAGUUUGUCCUUGGCUUGACUGGAUCGACCCUUGGUUCGAUGAUAUGUUACAUACUGCCUGCUGUUAUGUAUCUAAGGAACAGUAGCUCCGAUGACAGAGUUACGAGAUCGAGAUAUAUUGCCAAGAUAGUCUUGUUAGUUGGAUUCGCCAUCCUCAUCAUCAGCACCCUGGCCACUCUCUCCGAUACGAACAUGGAGACGCACAACGUGGUCGACCUUCUCGAUAAGAAAGACCCCCACCGCGAACAACAACAACCACUCCACCCUCAACAAAUUCAACCAAUCCCUGAGGACUCUGCCAAAAAACCCCCUCCUCCGGCAGUUGUGCCCGGGAAACAACCGUUACCACCUGAAUUAAUCCACCCAGGAAUCGAACCCGUGGCCCCUGGCAAGCAACCCGUCGAUCCGGAUGCUCAACCCGCUGAGCCACACGUCAAUGAUGAAUCGAAAGAUACAAAGACUAACAGAGUAGAUAAUGAUGUCGAUCGAGAUGGAUUGAAGGAAACAAAGAUUAUGAAAACGAGUAAAGAUGUUAACUACGGGGACGCUGAUCACGUGACUAAAUCCGUAGCCAAUGAAGGUAAAGGAAACAGCAAAGUUCAUGUCAUUAAGAAGGAAGGCGAUGAUCCUGUCGAUGACGUUACGAGGAAAAGCAACAAAGACAACAACCAUGACGUCAUCUAUAGGAAGGAAAUAAAACGAAAUGACGGUAACGACGAUAAUAACGUCGUCAACUUACAAGGUACCAAUGCAAGUAUGGACAGCCAUAACAAUCCUAUUGACAACAAAAAUGUUGAACAACAGAUGGAUUUCUACAGUAACAACAACAACGAAGACGAAGAUCAAAAACAUCAUAUCGCAAACAAAUCCCAAAAUGGCGACACGCGCGUCAUCAAAUCUGAUGACGUCAUCGUCGAUAAGGCUCUAGAUUCAGAUAGGAUGGUUCCAUCUCAAAUACUGGACAAGCCGAAAAACAAAGACAGUGUAGUCAGUGUAAAUAAUAGCACCUUAAACAAAAAUGGCGCAAAUGACGAUAAUUUAGGAAAUACAAUUGCGGAAAGUAAUAAUAAUCUCAUUGAUCACAUUAAUAAUAAUAUUGAAGAUAAUAAUUUAAACGAUAUAAAUGACAUCAACAUCAAGGACAUUAAUGGGAAAAACAUUAACGGUAAGAUUGAUAAAAACAUGAAUGCUGACAUUAACGAAAAUACGAAAGUUAAGAGCCAAAAAAUUCCAAAGGACAGCAAAAUCAUCAGCAGUAUCAUUGAUGACAAUAAAAAAAUUGGUGACAUUAAGGUACAAAAAUCGAAUGAUUUAAAACAGCAACAACCACCACAACAGCUACUCAGCAAUCAAAAGCUUCAGCAAGGAAAAACAAACCUGCUGCAAAUCAACCAACAACAGCAACCACUGAAACAACAACAGCACAACAACCAACAGCAACAACAACAUCAGCAAGGGAACCAGCAACAAAGCAACAAACAACAAAACAAGCAACAACAACAACAGCAAGGAAUCCUUAAUGAUAAUCUUAAUGCAAAAAACCAUCAACAACAGCAGCAACAACAACAACAGCAAAAUAAUGUUAACAAUUUAGCGCAACAACAGCAAAAACAGCAGCUAAACCAACCAUCCAACAACUCUUUGGUACAUUCUCACCAGGUGAAAACAUCAACGUCUUUACUAUCAAACAGAAACCACUACUACAACAGCGGCAACAACAAAAUUGCCAACUUUGACGACAUCAGCUGCAGUAACUACAACCACCCCUAA